CCGAACAUCCUUGCAGUUUUUUUCGGUCUCGCGGUCCUUGCCACUGGGCUUUCCCUUUCCUUUCCCCCUUCCUGCUCACCAUUUCCUCACGUCUGUAGAAGGGAACGUAACGGCACGCGAAUGUACGAUCAUCGCUGGCAUGGAAAGUCCAGACAGUGCCAAUGCGUCACGUCAAGGCUCUCGUUCUGAUCUUCAGGUCCAAAUUCUGACCCUCUUUUCUGCUCUUCACUCUGUUCUCUCCGGCGUCUUAUCACUAGCAUCCCACCACUGCCUUAACCUGCGCCCACGCAUGUACCAUCCCUUUACUUUAAACCCUAUGAUAGGAUAGACGGGAUGGCUGGGCCGGGGCUCUAUUCAAAAGUCGUAAUCCCGGUACACCGAUCACCAUACAUGCACCAUCAAAUCCUUGAAAUCCGCGAUAAAACCGGGCAAGAGCGCAAAGUCGUUCACGGUACGAACUUGCGAAGAAGACAAAGAUCACAAUGCGCAACUGGCGUGUUUCUUGUUUCCAUUUUUUCUUCAGGAAUUUCAGGGAUGAAGUGAUCCCUGUCGUAUCUCGUCGAGCGCGGAUCGUUAUGUGAGUCCGUUGAGAGCAGUCUGAUUGAUCUUGGCGAUUGGUUCCGCAGGUCUCCUUGGCACUCGCGAUCUUGUCUCAUGCUUGGA